AUGUCCAAAUCAAUUGCAGUAUUUGGAGGUAACGGGUUCCUAGGCCGGAAAAUAUGUGAAGUCGGAAUCAAUCGAGGAUACAAUAUAACGUCGUAUUCGCGAUCAGGCCAACCACCCAAACUCCAUACUCAACAACCACCAUCGUGGAUUAAACAAGUAUCGUGGCAAAAAUGCGAUAUAUUCCAUCCGCAUCAAUCCAUAUCACCUGCACAAUUGAGUCAAUUCGACACCAUAAUCCAUUCAAUUGGAAUUUUAUUUGAAGAUGCCUCGUACAAGAAACUGAUGAAUUCAAAUUUUGGCAUAUUACAAGAUGUACAACGAUUGGCUAAUAGGGCAAUGGGGUCUAACCCAAUGCAAAAGGAUAAAUCGAAUCAGAGUUAUGAGGCAAUCCAACGUGAUUCUGCUGUAUUGAUUGCUGAUGAAUAUAUCAAUGCUAGAGUAGAUGCAUUAAAGAAGACUAAAAAUAGUGAUAGUGCUUCUACUACCACCGGAAAUGAUGACAAAGAUUUGAAUUCAGUAGUGGGCAACUAUGUUUACAUCUCAGCUGACCAAAACCCACCGAUUGUUCCUCAACGCUAUAUAAUCACCAAACGAGAAGCCGAGUUCGAAUUGAGCAAUAAACCCCAUUUGCGUAGUAUACUAAUGAGACCAGGAAUCAUGUAUGAAGAAGAUCAUUUUCCACAACACGAUAAUACUGGAGUUACGAAUAGAGACGUGUUGGUGAAAGGGUUGAAGUUGGGUGUCAAUUUGAAAAACACCGUUUUGGGACAGCAUUUCCUAAGUAAUGUGAUUAGACCCGUGGUUAGUACCACUCAAGUUGCCAAUGCUAUAUUUGAUAAAUUAGAAGACGAUGAGUUCAGAGGAGGGGUGGUGCCUGUUGAGGAGAUUGAACAAGAGCCAAACUUUUUUUGA